GACAGACUGAGUGUAAACCAUAACCCUGAAAAGACCAAGACGUGACCGUAAAAGGAAAACGAAAAAACAGGAAAAGAAAGAAAAUAAAACAUGAACGCCAAACACCAAGUUACACACCUCGCCUGACCGUCCUCGAGCCGAUCCCCUGUUUGUGUUUGUGUGUGUGUUUGUGUAUGAAGAGACACGGAGAGACGGAGGGAGGCGAGGGAGGAGGAGAGAUUGAGAAGAGGAGAGGAAGAUUUUUCGUUCUGAUCUCGGGGGAAGCGAAGAGGUGAAGCCAACAUGCCCGAAGCUUCACUUGUCCUCGAGAAGCUUAGAGCAUAAACCGGUGACCCUCCCCCUCCUCCUCCUCUUCCUCCUCUUCCUCCUCCUUCUCCGUCAUGGCCACCAGCUGCGCCUACAACCGGAGUAUGUUUCUUCGGCGCCUUGAAUUUUGGGAAGACACCCCGAGACGGAGGCGGCGUCGCGGGCCCUUGUCGCCAGUAAGCAGCAGCAGCGGCAGCGGCGGCGGCGGCGGCGGCGGAUUAUCCGUGUCUGGAGGCGAGCCGCUCAAGACCCCGGAGGUGGUGCGUCAUGUGGUGUCGCGCCUCACGCCCCCAGUCACCUCGCCCACGCAGCCUGCGGCCCUGUCCUCCACCUUGCAGCCGUCCCAGCAACCCUCCGCCCCAGCCCACACCUUCCAGCCCAUCCAGCCCGCCGCAGCCCCGGACUCCACGCACUCGGCGCCAUCCACGCUCGACUCCCGCUCAAGGUAUGCACAAGACGGCGACGCGCGGCCCUCCGAAGGUCGUCGCCUGAGUGGGUCGCUGGCACCCGAAGCGGAGGAGGGAAUACGUCGAGUGCCGCCCAAAUUGGCGCCACUGCGGAAGCCUGACAUACCCGACGUGCUGCGCCCCAAGGACACCACCGGCCUCGCCUCUCCGGGUGUGGUGAACACGCCGCCCAACUCCCGACCUUCAUCUGUGGUACUAGAAAAACCGCCGCUCGCCCCCGAGGGUCAGCGACCGGUCACCCUCCGCACUUCCCUCAGGAAGCCCACGGAUAUCGGCACGUGUUUUAUGGCAACGCGGCGGGAGAAGCGUGAAGACACGAAGCCUGAGAACGUGUUCCGCGACCAGCUGCAGCGGCCCAAGAAGGGAGACAGGCUGUCGAAAUCAGACAUGAAUCUGAAGCUUGAGAGCAGCUACUCCGGGAAGCAGGAAGACCUCCUCUCACCCGGCAGCUCUGACCUGGAAGUGGCUGGCCUCUCCGUCUCCCCCACCGCCGCCACCUCUCCCGGCGCCGCCCCCCUCGGCUCCGAUGAAGGCAUGAGCAGCCGCCUGGAGGCCCUCACGGCUCGGGCCAAGGAAACAAUGGAUCGAGUGGACCGUCUGGGGAAGGACAGCACCCCGCCGCCCCCGGAGAGCACCCCGCCAGAGGAGAGCGCCGACAGCAUGGUGCACGAGUGUGAGCAGUACCUCACUGUGAACGCCGGCCGGAAGGAGAUGAGCGGGGGCGUGAGGCCUCGAGAAAUCGUUUUGAGUGACACGCGCAGUGAUCAUACCACUGUGCAGUCCCCGGCCGUCAAGAAGGGCGUAAUCUCAGACACGGGUCAGAAAAACUGGGUCGGGGGCUCUGAAGGACGUAGUAAAGAAAGUAAGCGGUUGGCUAUGGAAAAAGAAAUAAGUAAAGAUGUGAAGCGAGAGCCUAGCCAAGCAGCAGGACCGGUGAAGAUGACUGCUGCCUCCGCUGUGCCUUCAGGGCCCCCGGACCACGCAAUGAUAGGAAGCGACAGUUUGAGCCCCCCGCCCGAAGAGGUGGUGCAUGGCCUCCGUCAUGUAGGAUACGCUGACGAGGAAAUCGGCUCUCCUGACUCCGUGCAGCUGAGAAGCCCAGACCAUCGCAGCGGCAGCAGCAGCGGCAGCGGCAGCAAGCGCAGUUCCCGACGCUGCUCCCUCGAGGGCGACACUCCCCAGGCUGUGUCACCCGACCCCCAGUCCAUCCUGAAGCAUCGCUCCUCCCGGGAGGACGUGACUUUAGAUCGGCCCACGACGCCGGAGCCGCACAGUAUUCUGAAGCGAAAGACCAGCUCGCGCACGUCCAGCAUCGACAUAGUGGAAGGGGAGCCGAGGCCCAUCCUCAAGAAGAAGAGCAGCAUAGAGGAACUGGACCACUUCGAGCCGCGGCCAAUACUCAAGAAGAAAUCCUCCACGGACGACGAGCUGGACGACAGGCCGCGAUCCAUCCUCAAGGGAGGACGCAGCAGAGAGGACCUCGACCUUGCCGAAGGGUUCGUGUCGCCGAAUCCGAUUCUGAAGAGAUCUCCCCGGUGUGAUAGCGAAGGGGAGGGAGAGCUGCGCCCCAUCCUCAAGAGGAGGGAUACUACCGACGGCGUUCGACUUAGACUCCACGUGUCUGACGGCGAGGACGUGGAGGGUGAAGUGCCUAGCGUGAGGGUGAGGAGUGACUCCGCACCCGAGGCUGUGAUACGUUUAGGAGGGCACUCUCCCCCUGCGCUGUCGGCCACGCCCUCACAUGGCAUUCUGAAGAAGCGUGGCUCGCAGUCCCCAGGGCGCUUUGACCAGAUGGACAGCGAGCUGGGUGCCAUCCUGCGCUCCCGGAGGUCACAGGACGCAGACAGUGAUAGUGAAGCAACGAAUCGUCCCCAGAGCCCCUCCCUCGUGGCGCUGACCAGGCGUGAGGACUCCGCGAGGUCCGGCGAGCGGCCCCUGAGUGUGGCCGAGCGGGUGGCCGGCAUGGAGGCCGCCCGACAGGAGCCGGCGGCCCCGCAGCUCUCCCCCACCCCCGCGCGCAGCCCAGGCGCGCGGCCCAAGCUGACGCCGUCCUUCCUCGACCGCCCCCCAACGCCCACCGAGAAGGGGAGAGACAAUCGAAGAAACAGUGCCUUUGGCCAGGCGGCAGACCAAUCUCCCGGCGACGGCGCGGAGGCCAUAAAUGAAGCUUUCUUGGACCGUCCAGUGGCCGAGGCGUACAACAGUGCCAUGUACCCCGACAGUGACGCCGCGCCCACCGCGGCCUCGCUGGUGUCGCAGAAGGCCGCCUUCUUCGCCCAGCUGGAGCGUGAGCAGAAGACCCUGCCAGACCCCGCCGGGCCCAUCCACGGCAGCCGCUUCGCCUCCCGCCGGGACCGGGGCGCCAGGCAUGCCACACAGCCAGUCACUGAAGAUGAAGUGAGUCAAGCCUCCCGGCUCGCCGAGGCCUCAGACUCAGCCUCGCAUGACUCAGACUCUGCCCCACCGCGCCGAGACUCACUGCCCUGGAAGAGCAGCACGCAGCAAGAGGCUAGUGGCGGCCAGGGCAGCACAAGCAAGAAUAGCACCAGUAACAGUGUUGGUGCCAAAGUGGCCCUGUGGACUAAGAUGCUUGAGGAGGAACGCUCUCCUGCCCCUCCGCUUGACGGGGCCCAGAGUGUGCGCCGCAGGACUCGUGCCGCGCGCUUCAAGACACAGCCCGUCACCAUGGAGGAGGUGGCCCAUGCACAUGCCCUAAACAGCCAGGUCGUCCGCACCCACUCGGGACCCCUUGAGACACAGGAAAUAGCGAGCGGUUUUAGGGCUGCCCGCGAGGCUGUGCUGAGGAAUGCUGCCGAGGUGAUGCAGGGCCUCACCCCCGGCUCCUCCCCGCGGCGGCGUUCCAGCAGCAGGAAGACCUCCGUCAACGAGCCGGAGGAUGACUCGUCAAUAGAUCCUGUGAGGGGCAUCUUGAAGCGGGAUGGUUCUGGCGGCUCACGGGAGAUCCAGCGUGACAGCCCUCGCUCCAUCCUCAAGCACUUCUCCGACUCCCGCCGCGCCUCCUUCUCCGAGUCCGAACACCCUCGCGGCAUUCUGAAGUCCGACAGCCCCCUCCCACCCCCUGUCGGCUCCCCGGAACACGAGGCCAAGCUGCUCAGGGGAGUGCUGAAGAAAGACUCAAGUUUGGAGGACUCUAAAGAAAUAAAGUCCAUCCUCAAGCCAGAGUCACAAUCCCUGGAACGUGACCACUCCUCUGACUCCUCCUCAGACGAUGUGACCCUCACCACGGGGAACAACACGCAGGGUCCAGAGUGCGACAUCGCCGACUCCAUCCGCGACAUUGACCCAGUGCGCCACAAGGAUGACCAGUAUAAGGGCGACACCCCCCACAAGGCCGACCCCUACAAGACCGAGCACCACCGCGCCGACCUGGCCGAGGCUCUGAGGCACGUGGAGCCCAUCAAGUCCAGGGAUGACCUUGCCGAGGCGCUGAGGCAGAUCGAGCCCAUCCACCACAAGGAGAGGAGCAGAGAGAGGGAAGACCGGGGGAGGGAGGAAAGUGUGUCCGUUAGCAUCAGGGAAUAUUCAGCGACAUCCAGAGUGACAUCCAGUAUGGCGGCCAUGGUAGCCACGGCCUCCUCCAUGACCUCCCAGGCUUCGGCCAUCACAAACUCGUCCUCGUCCACCUCGGAGAACGAGCUGAAGGUCAUCAAGAACGAGGUGGUGACGAGACGCAAGGCCACGCACUCCCGGAAGUACGACGAUCGACGGAGCAUGGUGGAGCUUCGGAGCAUUGAGAGGACCACAGACGGCUCCUUCGGGCAGCAUGACACUAGUGAGUCCUCCUCCUCCUCCUCCGAGUCCUCUGAGGGGCAGGUGAAGGGGCCAAGGACACCCUCCAGCCACCUCAGGUCCUCCUACAUCACCUCCGAAAUGGACGCGUCACAGAUUCUCCGACAGUCGCCGAUUUUCAGGAACCGCACGUCCUCCUCGCCCACGGAGCCCACGGGGGAGAAGACGAGCGGCAGCAGCAACCCGCCCUCCGCGCAGACCAUCAACGCCAGGUUGGCGGCGCUGCAGAGGAGUGGCGAGGAUGGCUGGAAGAACAGAGUCAAGAAGGACGGCAAAGACUUCAACUCCAAUGUCACUCUCAGGCCAAAGCCCGUGGGAGGCCAUCGGGAGCGGCCGGUCAGCCUCAUGGACAGAGUGUCGGCCCUGGAGACGUCUUCCCAGCAAUGGCGGGGCCGCGUCACCCAGUCGGAUGCCACCAAGUUCACAGUGGCUCACAAGAUGGCCUCCUCGUCCACCUCCUCCGUGCCAUCCAUCGUCAGUGGGGGGAUGAGCCCCGUCAUCGCGCUGAGCACAGAGCAGUUACACACCCCCACGGGAAGCCCUCUCGCCGAGCGCAAAAAGAGGUCUCCAUGCCAGAAAGUCUUCAAGAGUAAGACUGGAGGAAAUAUUCCCUCCCUCGUGAACAAGUCUAGUCCAUCCAGCCCGAGGAAGGCCUUCAGGCGCAGUAUUUCCACCCCACAGGACGGUGAAAAGAAAGCUGAGGUCCAGGAAGGCAACAGUGUGUCCGUGCCUCAGGUUGAUGACGAUUCCUUCAAUGCCUUCUUCAGCAAAGUUCCUGACAGUCCGUCACUCGCCUCAGAUGACACGCCGGAGAUCAACGAGGCGGACUUCGACCACAUAUCAGUCACAGCUUCCCAACUCGUGGUGAAGAGGAGGAGUGUGCGUGUUGCCCGCCGCCAGGUGGCCUCCCGCAACCCACUCAAGGCCUUGGCGGCGAGGGAAGACAUCAAGUCCGAGUACAUGGAGGUCAAGAUGGGCACGGGGGAGAAGGAGCUGCGCAGGAUGAAGGUGGAGGAAUUGUCUAAGAACUCCUCUCUGGCCGUUGAGGCGUUGGCUGGGUUGGCGUCCAGGGAAAACUUCUCAGCUGUUGCCCUGAAGAAGGUGGAGAACAACCCAGUGGUGCGAGAGAUGCCGCCUUACACAUCCCUCAUGCUGCUCCACGUCAAGGGCCGCCGCCACGCCCAGACCCGCCUGGUGGAGCCGCUGGCCGCCAACAUCAACACAGGCGAUGAUUUUGUCCUCAUCACACCGUCAGACAUCUUCCACUACAAAGGAGAGUUUGCCAAUGUGAUAGAGAGGGCAAAGGCUGCUGAGAUCGCCCAGUACAUCCUGCAGAAGAAGGACAUGGGCGUCGCCGCGACCAGGGUUGUGGAAGUUGAUGAACAGUCCCCAAGUGCACGGAAGGCAAAGUUCUGGCAACUUCUUGGCGGUGACGAGUGGAGCGAGGCGGAGCCAGCAGGUCUCCCUGAGGAGGACGAGUACGUGGAGGCGGCGCUGGUGGCGGCCAACAAAGUGUACGAGGUUCAGGAAGACUCACUUGUGCCUCUGCCGGACUCCUGGGGACAGAUGCCCAAAAUAGAAAUCCUCUCAUCUGAUAAGGUCUUGGUGCUGGACUUUGGCUCUGAACUUUACAUCUGGGCGGGCAAGCGAGCCUGCGGGGACGAGCGGCGGCAGGGCGUGGCGCUGGGCCGGGAGCUCUGGGAGGAGGAGUACGACUACUCAGAGUGUGACAUCAACCCCAUCAUGCCCAUGACACCAGUGGCUAAGGCAAAACUGAAAGGUACUCGCCCAGAGUGGGGACUGUGUGCCAAACUCACAGAAAAUGUGGAAACCAUCCUCUUCAAGGAGAAGUUCAUUGAUUGGCCCGACCUUGCCCAGCAAUCUAGGAUCAAGGAGGUGAAGAAAGAGCUUGACCGCUACGUGGCCCCGGUGUGUGAGCUCCAGCCCUGCGACGCCAAGAUGAUGCUGGAGGAACUGCCGCAAGAGCCUGACUUGGUCCUGGAAAUGUCCCACCUGGGCCGCGGCGUGGAGUACUAUGACGAAGAGGAGCGACGCCUGUUGACCAUUUCCACGAACGACUUCAAAGUGUGGCAUGUGUCAGAGUACGGGAAAGUGCUGAUGAGCGAGGCUUCCCGCACCCACCUGUACACCGGGGACACCUAUGUUGUCCGCUGGUACUACCUUGUGACGGCCACUGGCAGGACUCUCAAAGGAGAGCCAUCCAAACACAACGUUACUGGCAGAACCCGGGUGGCGUACUUCUUCUGGCAGGGCUCUGACAGCUCCGUCUCAGACAAAGGUGUGUCCGCCCUGAUGACGGUGGAGCUGGACGAGGAGCGAGGGCCCCACGUGAGGGUCUCCAUGGGGUCGGAGCCUCCAGCCUUCCUCAACCUGUUUAAGGGCGGACUUGUCAUACACAGAGGCCGGCAGGAUGACGAACACCCACAGAAAGACUGGAAACUGUUUAUUGUGCGAGGAGAGCUGGAAAACGAGGGGCACCUGGUGGAGGUGGAUGUGGACUCCAGUCACCUCAGGUCCCGAGGGUGCCUUGUGCUGGUCAGCUUGAACACAGGCGUCAUCCACCUCUGGCUUGGCGCGAAGGCCCUCAAGGGAACCAGAGAGGUUGCAACCACCACGGCCCAGAAGCUCUUGGAGACCUCAGACUCUGACAUGGGAUGGAGAAGCACCACCACCAAGAAGAUCAAGAAGCAGUAUGAGGGCGCCGAGUCCAGAGACUUUUGGGAAGGCUUUGGAGGCUCGAAGAACAAACACUACUCGCUGCUUGACGAUGAACACUCCUAUGAUUGGACGCCGCGAGUCUGGCAUCUGGAGGCAAAACACGACUCCUUCCAAGCCUCAGAGAUUGUGUGCUCCUACAGGGCAACCUCCACACCCAACCCUCUGCCUGUGGUGCAGUCGGACCUCUACUCGGCCCAGCAACCAGCGUUGUUCAUGGUGGACAGCGGGCACCGAGUGUGGGUGUGGCAGGGCUGGUGGCCGGAUGAGUCAUCUGAGGGUGAUGAGUUCAGUGCCACCGGCUCUGCUGUUCUAAGGUUCAACUUUGCCCGGCGCGCUGCACUGCAAACAGCACUCAACUACUGCCAGCUGAAGGCAAAGGCUCAAGCCAAGUCUCUGGCAGCAAAAAGCUACAAAAAGACUGAGGUGGAGGUGUCAGUCGUGGAGCCACAGUUGGUCGUGGCCGGCAUGGAACCUGCAGAGUUCACAAAUGUCUUCCCAGUUUGGACGCCCAGACCUGAAGUCACUGCCAUCCAAGAGAAGGAGGGCCGUUGGAAGCCUGGUGGCCAGCACCUGGUGGCCACCAUCCUGGCCCAGCUCUCCCGCACGCAGUACUCCCUGGCCGAGCUGACGGCCAAGCCGCUGCCUGACGGAGCAGACCCGCUGCACCUGGAGGUGUACCUCAGCCCGGAGGAGUUCACCGAGGCGCUGGGAAUGAGUCGGGACGACUUUUAUAGCCUACAAGCCUGGAAACAGACCGAAAUAAAGAAGAAAGCAAAAUUAUUUUAGUAACUAUAGUCACUAUUGGCAGGUGUGUUCACUGACUCAUGAAUCUGUACAGUGUCAGACUUAUUUUGGAUAAUAAGGUCAGUGAACACACAAAUAUUUAUUUGAUAUAUUUUUAUGAAAACAUAUAUAUUUAUAAUUGGGAAUUGCUUCUUAGUGACCGGCAGAUUCACGAUGGUUUUGAGCUUUAACUCAUGAUAUUUAUGUGUACAUUUCCUGUGUGGUUUUAAUGGAAACUACUUCACACCUACACAUUUUACGGUUCUUCCAUUUCACUGGUAAAUUUAACAGUAAGCUUCCCUUGAACUGGAAACAUUGCAUUGUGAAUAAAUAGGAUUUGUAUUUUUGUGCACAAGGCUUUUGUAGCUACAAGGCAGUGUUGAUGGGGGUGCAGGGGAGGGCCGUGUGCCCCACCUCCUGCUCCCUGUCUCUCCUUUUUACUAAUGGCAACUGAUCUAUGUGCCUUCUAUAUGCUAGCCUGCAUUUGUAUGCCAAAUUUUAGUAUUUUUUUGCAGUUUCACCUCAGUAAAGAAGUGUUUGAUGAGUUUGGACACCAUCCAGCUAUGCCCAGGCAACUUCCCUUGUGGCCUGAGCCAAGCCAAGGCAGCCUUACCAAGGACAGAGUAACUAUGUAACUUGCUGUGGUAGUCCUUCAAGGUACCAUCCCACUCCUUGACGCUUCUUUGAGGUGAUGCCUGUGCCUUGCUUGUACCUUGGUUCUCCGUGUGAGUUCCAUGUUGACCACUUCCGUGUGGUCGGAUUGUCGUCAGUCUAGUCCCAUUCAUGACCUUAAACGUGUGUAGUCAGGGGGUCUGACCUUAGAAACUCCACAACCUUACUGGCAUCCUCUGCAGAUAUCAUCACCAGUAAGAGUAUUACCGGGCCUGCUUGACCUGUAGUAACAUAUAGGCUGAGCAGGACAGCACAGAGCUUAAACUUUGAAGUGUUGAGUUCAGCAUCAGAAGACUUGGUGCCACACUGUCCCAUCCUUCAGCCUUUCUGGAUAGCUUGUACAUACCCUAGGCAUUUGUAGCCUCUCUACUACUGACCUAAUGAAAGCCGCCUUUGUUACUCCUACAGGCGGGUCAUUAUCAUGUAAAUACGAAGAACCUCUUUUGUAAUUUUGCUACUUACCCUGUGAAUUGUACAGACUGCUACCCUGACGUGGUGCCAGCUAUUGUAUCGACUUUCUGGCUAGGGGCACCACCCACCCACCCACCCUUCUGUUUACUGCUAGGUUAGUGAUUCUCAUGUGUGGAAAUCGGCUUGGUUUUGUGAUACUUACGCCUAAUGAAACCAAGUAAUGAAAUGUUUGUUUUGCAAGCCUAAGAGAGUUACAUUUUAAGUUACUGAAAAUAGCCUUGUAAACUUGAAUUACGCUAGUUUUUAUUCUCAUGUAUAGUGAAAUGUAUUUAUAUAAAGAGGACGUUGUUUUGGCUGUUGAACGUCACCAUAACUUACGAGCGAUUCUCCUCCCUGGUCACCUGAGCUCACGAGGCCCAGAGAUGACAAGUGUUCUGGGCCUACGAGGGAGAGCUUCAGUAUUUUUGGAUAACUAAGGGCCAGUUUUACAGUCCAAUACAGCAAGUUCGUCAGCUCCCCAACCAAACACACAAUACCACGAAAAAUCCCUUGUGUAGCAUUUGGCGUUGAUAUAAAAAGAAGGAAAUUGUAGAAAAACACCCAGAAAAUCUCUUUAGCAUCUGGUAUUGAUUGGAAAUAAUGAACCACUAUGGAAAAAAAUUCCUUGUGUAGAGUUUGGUGUUGAUAUAAAAAGAAAGCUAUUGAAAACCACACAGGGAGUCUCGUCAGUAUCCGGUGGUGAGUGGAAAUAGCGGAUCAUUGUGAAGAAUACAGUUUGGAUUGGGCGCUGCGGUGUCACUGUGGUGGAUUGUGGAACUGGCCCUAAGAGUAACUAUAAAAUAAGAGGGUCCAAAUCUUUCCCUGAGUCACCCAUCCUCAUGUGUUACGACCUCCAGUCAUCCAGAAACUCCAUUAUUCAGGAUUGAUAAACGAAAGAAAGAAAAAAAAAGUGCCCAACAGCAUAUGAGUUGCCAAAUGCAUCUGCUCAGUAGAUAUUCUCAUGUAUUUUAUCAUACUUUUUUUUAUGUAAUUAAUUUGCUUUUUUUUUUUUUUCUUAAAUUCUACCACUUUUAAAUUGUACAUAACAAGUUGAUGUAAUUUAUGCUAAAUAUAUGUGUAUUUCCA